AUGGCACAACGCGAUCAUAAUGGAAGAUCGGCUCUUUCCUGGGCCGCUGGCGGCGGACAAGCGAUGGUCACAAAGCUGCUUUUUGAUGAGCCGGGAGUACAGGUCAACGAACUGAACAUCGGGGGAAGGACGCCGCUAUCUUGGGCUGCUGCAAGCGGUCAUGCUAAUACCAUAAAUCUGCUACUGGCUCAACCAAUGGUCAAUAUUAACCGGCCGGAUUGCCAGGGGCGAAUACCACUUUCAUGGGCAGCUGGGAACGGGCACGUCGAUGCUGUUAUCACCUUGAUAAUCGCCACUCCCAUCGGCGACAAUGGCGAUUUCGACAGCAGGCCCCUCGUCUGCGCAGCUAAAAAUGAGCAGGAGAGUACCUUGCGCAUCUUAAUGGAGGAAGAACUUCAACUCCCUGAGCCAUACAGACAGCCCAGCAGGCUGCGUUUGACACAGUUUUAUCUGCACAAAGCUGCGCAAAAGGGAUGGUGUAUCUUCACAAAGGUUUUAAUUGACAAGAAAGUCCAAAUCUACUGCAGAGAUCCGGACUACGACGAUCGCACGCCUCUCUGCAUCGCUGCGGAGCAAGGGCACGCAGAGGUGGUGGAUACUCUGCUUAAGGCUGGAGCGGCACGCAACCAUCAAACUAGCAAAGCUCGAGACACUCCCCUUGGGCUGGCCAUCCGAUCUGGGCAUGAAGCUGCAGUCAAAGUGCUUCUCAACGCCGGGGCCAGUGUCCAUUUGAGGAACGUCAAGGGGGAGGCUCCGAUGGACCUGGCUAACCACCACCCAACCCUCUUCCACAUGGUUGCGGCCGUAGACAAGGUUGGGAGACUCGCGGGAACAGCGGAUGAGCACCUCGACUCCAGCAUUGACCAUGAAUUUAAGGCCACUGUUAUCGACUUUGUCUCUGUUUGUGGUGUUCUGACACCUUGCGCUGUAGAAGCUGCUGUGGAUGAGCUCCUGAAAACUCCUUGGGUUCUACUACUCCAGGUACUUCUUCCACCUCAUUUCGAUGGCUGCAUCUUCCGGUUAAUAACAUGCGAUGGAUUGAUUCCCUGCAUCGCAGUGCUCAAGCCCGAGCGUUGGGUUAAUCGACAACAUCAUGGUGCCACUGGCGCCCACCAUGCUCGCUUUAUGCGGUCACAAUGUCAGGCGUUUCCAAGCGCCGCGCUCUGGGCUCUGGACGGGGAAGGGACGGGCUAUCACAAAGAUCUAUUGUUGUUCAUGCCCUUCCUCCAUUUGGAUUUCGAAGAAAUGCACUCAAAUCGCGAAGCAAUUGCCAACUCCUUGUCUCAAAAGCACAACAUGAAUGAGAGGCUUACCCGGGACCAAAAGCGUUUAAAAGCGUAUCUAACUGACGAGCAUCCUUUGCAUAUCCGACGCACUCUAGAUCAGUACCACUAUCAUACUGCUACAGACACUACAAUGAGAGGCGAGAAUCAGGUACUCGGUUACUAUCAAAUGAAAAACGAUCUGCGACCAAAAAUCCUUACUAUGGUCGAUCAGCUGUGGCUCUGGGUGCUGAAGGGCGAACGGGGCAAGCCUGACACUGUCGUCAGCUGUUUCCCAGUUCUCGAUCCAGCACAUCCAGACCAACAGGGGUUGACGAAUGUGCUGCGCUGCGUGAAGCUGCGACUUCUCCAUGAGCCUGCUCUGUUCAAACCGCUUACGAUCUGGCAGGGCUGA